CUGGAGUUGUCUGUGGAUGGUGAAAAUCGAGAGGGACAGCGUUGUUCCGAGGUUCGGUGAUUUUUUUCCUCCAUGGUCCCGAGAGAACUCAAGACACCGCGCUUUCCGCUCAUGCGAAAGCGGUUUUCAAGCGCUGUCGGCUCGUAGAUGUGUCUGCCUCGAGAAGCCGGGGGACGUGGUCGCUGCGGUUGCAGCCCAGAGGCUCAGACAUCACGCGUUAACACACCUCGCCGCGAAGAAGCAUCAACGCGUUUCUCUCCUCUCUGCCUAGAAAAGACUCGACGCACUCCUGUCUGACUCCCUUUCAAUACCGCAAGCCACUUUGGUGGUUUCCGUUCCCAAGUUCCAGAACCAGCCGCGCGACCAUCCAGAAACGGAGGCACCGCGUGUGUACGGCUGUACAUUCACCCGGUGCUCUUCGUCUUUGUGGUCGCCGUUCCGCGACAUUACAAAGACCACUGUAUCGGCGGCCGCUGCUCUUUUUCGCCGCGCGACUUCUUCCCCUCCCUUGCGUCUGACGCCUCCUCAGAAGCGGGAAGUUCACUAAAGCAGGGUCCUGCAAACGACACGGCGGCCGCACAUACCUCGACGCCGCGUCACUUCUAGGAACUUUUCCGGAUCUCCAGAACACCGUCCAAGUCCCCGCUGAGCUUGGAGAAGGUUUUUCUGCUGUAAAGAACCUGUCUCGUUCUGUGGCGGGCCGGUUUUCCGUCUCUCUCCGUCCAGACGCCCGAAGUUGCUCGAGUUCCCUCUCUAGCCUCUCCUCUGUGCGCACCCUUCUCCCUGUCCUUUGUUCUUCGUGCUCUACUGUUUGUCCUCUGUUCUUUGUCGUCUGCUUCCUCUCAUCUCCUUCUCUCUCCUUCUUUCUCCUUCUCUCCUCGGCGCCUUCUGUCUUCCCUCUUUCUCGCGCGCUGCAACGAGAGAGCCUCGCGCCUCUGCGGCGACGUUCUGCCUCGUCGUUUCCUCCCACCGUCUGCAGGUUGCGUUCUCCUCGAGCCGUAAGAGUCAAGAGGGAACGGAGACAGUCUCCACGAGUAAAUUGCGUGUUUCUUCUCACCUCGUCUACUCGAAACUUUCUCGUCUCCUCGCCGAAAAAGGGAAGCUGUCUCGUCGCCUCUUUUUCAGAGGAGGAUUCUUCUGACUGCAUGCGCUGGCCGGAGCAUUCUCAGCUCUCUCUCUCGGAUCUUCGCUGUGCACGGUCAGCCCAGUUCGGUCCUCUCUGCCGCCGUGUGUUUGGAUGCGCCUUUUCGGUUUCUACAAGACUAUGCCGACCUCUUUCAUGUAGAGCUGUCUCCCUUAAUACCAUGGUGCGCCGUCUCUUCUCAGAUCUCUCAGUCUAGCGUCUCCUAUGGCUUCUCGAAAGAGAGCGAUCCUUUCUGUCUGAGGUCCUUUCCUCUUCGCUUUUCGCCUCUCCUCUCCUAUCUUCGCUUCUCGCAGUUUCGUUUGGAGGCAAGCCUCCGUUUUCUCUCCUCCCCCCGACCCGUUUCAGAAGAGAAGUUCUCCGCUCUCUUCUUCCUCCGUCUCUCCUCGUUUUCUCUGUUUCCGUCGCUUUCGCUUCCUUUUCUUCUCUUCUUUGCGCCCCCGAGAGGCUCUUCGGCCUGCGCACAUGCCUCCGCCGGUCUUCGCCUUCUUGGAUUUCGCUGGUCCCCGCGGACUCCUCGACUUCCUCCGCGUUCCCCACUUUCUUCGCCUCUCGCUCCGCCCCAUCUCGUGAAAUUUUCCGCUCAGAAGAAACGCAAAAGCGAACCACUCCGUUUUCCCUGCAGCCGCGUCUUCCGAAACCUCUUCUCGACUCUUCUCUGCUCUCUUGUAAAGCGGAAAAAGUCGUUUUUCGCCACGAUGGCGGGGGGUUCUGAAGACUACGACCAUCUCUACAAAGUGAUUCUGGUGGGAGACGCGACUGUAGGAAAGACGCACUUGCUUUCGCGUUAUAUUCGAGGAACUCUGCCCAAGAGCCCGAAAGCCACCAUCGGCGUCGAGUUCGCCACGCGCACGGUGCCGCUCGCAGUCGGCGGAACUGUCAAAGCACAGAUUUGGGACACAGCUGGUCAAGAGCGGUACCGCAGCAUCACCAGCGCGCAUUACCGCCGCGCAGUAGGUGCGUUGUUGGUUUACGACGUGACGAGGAAGUCCACUUUUCUGAAUGCGUCAAAAUGGCUAGAGGAAUUGCGCCAGAACUCGGAGCCUGACAUCGUCAUCAUGAUGGUUGGGAACAAACUCGACUUGGUCGAAAAAGACCCCACAGCUCGAGAUGUUCCCUACGAGUUGGCUGCGAAGUUCGCGCAGGCGAACGGCUUGUAUUUCAGCGAGGCGAGUGCAGUGACGGCGUUCAACGUGAAACAUAUUUUUGAACAUUUGCUCCAGGAGAUUUACAACCACAGAACGCAAGGAGAAGAGUUCUCUGGAAGAGCGAACGGGGCGGAUGCGUACAGAGACGCUCAGGCUCUCGGCGGUGUGCGUCUCGCGGCCAACGCGAACAUGUACGGCAGAAACCCUCAGAAUCUGUCCUGCUGUGGCUGAAAAAUCCAAGACAAAAAAUCAGAAAGACCCAGAAAGCCACACGGAGCAGACAGGGAAACGGGCGCCAGACGGUGCCCUUUGUCUUUUUCCUGUUCGAGUUCGCGAGGGAAGAGACAAAGAGGAGAGCGCAGAGGGAGGACGGCGAGAGGGACAGGGUGAGAGGGGAGGCGCAGGUUUUGGGGAGCUUCGGAGGAGAAAGGAGAACGGGGAAAAGGAUUUUCAAGCAGAGGGCUCGAAGGCAAUGCAAGGAAGCUGAUACAGUAUUCCGUGGGAAGAGUCUUGAGUGUUUCCAUGCAUGUGAAUGUAGCGAAAACGAGUUGUUUGAGCUCCUCAUCUUGCGGUGCCGUCUCACAAGCCUCUUUCGUCUCGAAGCCGUCUCCGUUCAAUCUCUCGUGUGUCGCGCUUGAGUGCAAGAGUGGAUGUUGCGAAACUCGGAGGUGAAACGUUCAAACGCAUUGCUCUGGAGACGUCUCCACAUGCUCACCAGCGCAAACAGUUUUGCUGUAAGACGCCAGGCGCUUCGCAGCCACCAACUUUGCAGGCGUCGGAUUAUAGACGAGUGCCGCCAACGCAGUUAGGGAGAAGAUCAAGAAAUUCAUGAAGACUCUGCGAAUUUCAUUUGAGGUCCAUGGUGUUGAUGUCCACCGAGCGGCCGUGGGAUCGCACAGACUCACGGCUUUUUCCCCUUCGGUGACUCAUGAGUUCAGAAAACUUUCUU